AUGAACCGCGGUCCGGAACACCGCCGCUCGACGGCGCUUCCGAGCCGAACCCGUCUGCUCGAGGACAUCCGCAAGGUGGACAGAAAAGCCCCGCUAGCUGCUGCUGCAUCGGCCGCCGGUCCGUCCCGCUUCCUAGCGAGCAUCAACCGGCGCGCCAACCCGGAGUACAACAGCAAGCGCAUCUGGCAGGAGCUGAACAUGCCCACCGAGUGCGAUUUUCUGGGCCCGAACGUGUUCACGUUGCCGGAGCGGCUGCUGCGGCACGGACCCAAGUUGCGACCAUCGCCGCUGAUCAAGCCCAAACCGGACCGACACUUUGCGCAGAAGAAGAAAGUUCGCUCGUACACGGCUUUACGCAAGGAUCGCGAGGAGUUCCGCAAGCGGCUGAUCAAGCUGAUCGUACGCAAGGAACACGAGAAGGACGACGAAGCCAACACGUUCCCGAACGUCGAGGAGCGGGAACUGCUGCGGUACUAUCACUACAUCCGGAACGGCAUCGAUACGGUGCACGUGGCACCGAUCGACAAGCGUGUUCUGCAACGGAUCCUCAAACUGAUCCCGAAGCACCUGGUCAAGUACAAGGACGCGUUGCGUACCAUUUUCGACGAGAUCAAGGACGACUACUCGCUGGCGGUGAAGAAGGCAGUGGUGGACUUUGUCCUCGGCGAUGCCAUGACCAAGUACGCCAAGAAGGAGGAGAUUGCACCGGCGCGGUCGGAGAUCAAGCAGCUGAAGCUCAAGUGGAAGCACCGGUACGACGAGAACCGGACCAAGAUCAAGCGGAACCUGUUCUCCAUCAAUGCCUGCUCGGAGCAGGUGCUGGAGCUGUGGGACACCACGUUCAAGAAUCUGCUACUUGUUGACGUAAAGCAGCUGAUCGAGAAGGGUCAAGCGUACGAUUUGACCGAGUUCACGGUAGGUUUCGGUGAGUUUCAGGGGCAUCCUCAUGAUCGUGACUUUCUCUCUUUGCAGUCGACGGUGAACCAGCAGAUUGAAGAGGCCAAAAUUAUGCUGAACGAAAAGUGGUACGGCUCGAUCAAGACCAUAUUCAACAAGGGAGUCAAGAAGAAGCUGAUACCGGACGAGAUUACGAAGCCGAAAAUGCUGCGAAAGUUCUUCAACUCGCUGGCCACGCUUAUGACGAGGCAGUUGCAGAAUUUGUGCGUUAGCAGUGUGAAAGCCUACACGGAGUACAUUUGUGACGUUGGAAAAACAAACCAAGGCUUCCGGCUGACGAUUUUGCUCGAGAACCAAGAUACACUGUCUUUCAUUCCGAGCUUCUCCCGGUUUCAAAUCGAGAUCAUCAAGAUCAUCGACAACGUCGUAAAGGCGGUGAAGAGCUUCAAGCGCAUCGAGCAGAUACUGAAGCCGAACUUUCCGUGCGCGGAACCGCUGUUAAAGCCGGAGAUCUCGGGCGAGGUGAUCGCCCAGUGUAAGGCUCGGAUCUGCGACGUGCUCGAGGAUCAGCGCAUCGGUCCGGAGCUGCGGAUGCAAGACUUUGACCAGUACAUGACGCUGAUGAACGGAACCGACAUGGACGAGAUCGAGCGGUUCAUGGAGAAGCGUCCGAGCUUCGAGGAGUACUGCAAGUACAUCCAGCACUACAAGCAGAUGGAGGACAACGUGGCGCGCGAGAUUUACGGCGUAAUUUCGAUGGGCUUUUACGAAUUUCACCGCGAGGGAUUGAUCGAUACGCUCGAGGGGCUGGCCAAGUUUAUGCAGGCCGAGCUGAUUGCAAAGAUGACGGCGGAUCAGCAGCGAGCCGCGUCACAGCUGGCCCACGAGUACGAAGCGAUUGCAACGAAGAUUCUGACCGUUCCGAAAGACACGGUUGAGUUGAUGUCGCUGAAGGCGUAUGCUAUUCAGAUGGAAGAAUCUACCAUUCCGGAGAUGGAAAACAGACUUAAAACCAACCUAUCUCGACUACUCUACCUAACAGAUUACACAAUUUUCACUCCACUGGAGAUCAAACAGAACAACAACACCUUCCAGUGGUACCUGAAAAUGGCCAACAUAUUCCAAGAUCACAAGAACAUCAUCGCCGAAAAGGUCGUCGAGUAUCAGGACUCCCUCAAGCGAAGAAUCGAAAACUUCCGGCGCGAUCUUGAGAUAUACUGGGGCCAGCUGAAGGACUAUGAAUCGUGGGGUGAGAUCAAGAAUCUCCAAAAGUACAAGAAGAAAGCGACCGCUCUCGAUAACAAGCUGGUGAACGCGAUGGAGAAGAUCGAUCAGAUCAACGAGGAAGAGAUCGCUUACGGAUGGGAGCUGUCGCAGUACCCGCUGAGGAAGCAAUGCCACGAUAAGCUGACUCCGUACAAGAAGCUGUACGAUGCGGGACAGGAGUUUAUGGACAAGAACGAGCUGUGGAUGCACUCCCAGAUUGGCCUGCACGAUCCGGAGCAGGUUGAAGAAACUGUCGGAACGUUGUACCGUACGGUUUACACGCUGGAGAAGAAGUUUUCCGAUUCGUACCAGACGCAACGGCUUGCGCACGAGGUCAAGAAUCGCAUCGAUCAGUUCAAGACUCACAUGCCGAUAGUGCAGACGCUUGGCAAUCCGGGCAUGAAGGAGCGCCACUGGGAACAAGUGUCUGAGAUUAUUGGCUUUCCAAUUAAGAUUGCGCCGGAUCUUACAUUGGAAAAGGUGAUCGACUACGGUCUGGAUGACUACAUCUCUCGGUUUGAGGUCAUUUCGGAGAGCGCGACCAAGGAGAACAAUCUGGAGAAGGCGAUGAUCAAGAUGGUCAACGAGUGGGCCGACAUGGCGUUUGUCGUGCUGCCGUACAGGGACACGGGAACGUACAUUCUGUCGGCGGUGGAUGACAUACAGGUGCUGCUGGACGAUCACAUUAUCAAGACGCAAACGAUGAAGAGUUCGCUGUACAUCAAGCCGUUUGAAGCGGACAUUUUGGCUUGGGAGAAGAAGCUCAUGCUGUUGCAGGACAUCCUGGACGACUGGCUUAAGGUACAGGCGACGUGGAUGUAUCUGGAGCCCAUCUUCUCCAGCCCGGACAUCCAAUCGCAAAUGCCUGAAGAGGGUCGCCGGUUCAGUGCGGUCGAUAAAAUCUGGAAAGAUCUGAUGAAGACGGUGUACGCCGACACCAAAGUCCUAGUGGUCCUCGAGAUAGACAAAAUGUCGGAGAAACUGAAGAAGUCGUACAGCCUUCUGGAGAUCAUUCAAAAGGGUCUCAACGAGUAUCUGGAGAAGAAGCGUCUCUACUUUCCCCGGUUCUUCUUUCUCUCCAACGACGAACUGUUGGAGAUACUAUCGGAAACGAAAAAUCCUACUCGUGUGCAGCCACAUCUGAAGAAGUGCUUCGAGGGUAUCGCCACGCUGCACUUCACCGAAUCGCUUGAUAUUACCAUGAUGCGAUCGAGUGAAGGCGAAGAAGUUCAACUGGCGGACGAGGUAUCGACGGCGAAGGCAAAGGGACAAGUCGAAAAGUGGCUGUUUGAUCUGGAGAAAUCGAUGAAGAAGAGCGUCCACAUCAAGAUCGACGAAUCCUACGAAUCGUACACAACGUCGGUGCGGCACGAGUGGGUUUUGCUGUGGCCAGGCCAGUGCGUCCAAAGCAUUUCGUGCGCUUUCUGGACAUUGGAGGUCACUCUGUGUUUCGAUAGCACAGAUCCGCUGGAUGCACUCGACGAGUACCGCGAAACAUGCAAGACCCAAAUCUCGCACAUUGUCGAUCUUGUACGAGGCAAACUAGCGUUACAGAACCGUAUCACGCUUGGAGCACUGAUUGUGCUGGAUGUGCACGCUCGGGACGUCCUCAUGGAUCUGAUCGUCAAAAAAACAUCCAAAGCAGACGAUUUUGACUGGCUAGCUCAACUGCGGUACUACAUGGAAGACAAGAAUCUCUCAACCAGGAUGAUCAACUCAACCCUCGCGUACGGAUACGAAUAUCUGGGAAACACAUCACGUCUGGUCAUCACUCCACUCACCGACAGAUGCUUCCGCACGUUGUUUGGUGCGUUACAUCUGCACCUGGGAGGCGCACCGGAAGGUCCUGCCGGAACAGGGAAAACAGAGACCACCAAGGACUUGGCAAAAGCAGUCGCCAAACAGUGCGUUGUGUUUAACUGUUCCGACGGACUUGACUAUAUCGCUUUAGGAAAAUUCUUCAAAGGACUCGCUUCUUGUGGCGCGUGGUCCUGUUUUGACGAGUUCAACCGUAUCGACCUGGAAGUGCUAUCGGUUGUUGCGCAACAGAUCCUCACAAUCCAACGCGGGAUCAAUUCCGGCUCCAAUACGUUGGUGUUUGAAGGAACCCCCCUUACGCUGGAUCCUACCUGCGCCGUAUUUAUCACAAUGAACCCAGGUUAUGCCGGGCGAUCGGAGCUCCCAGAUAACCUAAAGGCGCUGUUCCGUUCGGUUGCCAUGAUGGUGCCCGACUACGCCCUGAUCUCCGAAAUUGAGCUGUAUUCGUACGGAUUUCUGAACGCGAAACCACUGGCUGUCAAGAUUGUUGCCACGUACCGACUGUGUUCCGAGCAACUGAGCUCACAGCCCCACUACGACUACGGAAUGCGAGCGGUCAAAUCGGUGCUGAAAGCGGCCGGAGCGUUGAAGCUUCGGUAUCCCGACGAAGUGGAAGAUAUCCUAGUGUUGCGAUCGAUUAAAGAUGUUAAUCUGGCCAAGUUCUUGAACCAAGAUGUUCCCUUGUUCCAGGGUAUCAUAUCGGAUUUAUUCCCUGGAGUAGUCCUACCGGAAGCGGACUACGUUGUGUUCAACGCAGCGGUUCAGAAAGCUUGCGAAGAGAACAAUAUGCAGUGCACACCAUUCUUCCUGGAGAAGGUUCAACAACUGUACGAGAUGAUUGUGGUUCGGCAUGGACUGAUGCUGGUUGGACCACCGUUUGGAGGAAAGACGACGGCCUAUCGAAUCCUGGGAAUCGCACUAGGACACAUCGAGGCACAGGGUGAAAUGGGAGAACACAAGGCUCAGUUCACCAUAAUCAAUCCCAAAGCAAUAACGAUGGGACAGCUGUACGGCCAGUUCGAUCCCGUUUCACACGAGUGGAGCGAUGGUGUUUUGGCAGUUUCUUACCGCCAGUUCGCAGUAAGCACCACACCGGAUCGAAAGUGGCUGAUCUUUGAUGGACCAGUGGACGCGAUCUGGAUCGAAAACAUGAACACCGUACUCGACGACAACAAGAAACUCUGCCUAAUGUCGGGGGAAAUUAUCCAGCUGGCACCAACAACCAACUUGAUCUUCGAAGUGAUGGACCUGGACGUCGCCUCACCUGCAACGGUAUCGCGCUGCGGUAUGAUCUACCUGGAACCGUCUACGCUGGGCUGGGAACCGCUGCUGGAAUCGUGGAAAAACACUUUGCCUUCGUCCCUUCACUCGGUCAACAAACAAGUAAUCACGCAAAUGUUCUUGCGGUUCUGUCCCAUUCUGUUGUGGUUCGUUCGCAAGGGCGGGGUUAGAGAGAUGAUGGUCACUUCCGAUUCGAACCUGGUGAAGUCGGUGAUGAAUCUUUUUGACUGUUUCAUGGAUGACUAUCACAAUGAGACCUAUAUGAAAGCGGUGUCCGAAGUGGACGUACGAGCGCAGCUAGAAGGUGUGUUCUUCUUUUCAUGCAUUUGGGCUAUCGGCGGACCACUAGAGAUGAGCGGACGGGAAAAGUUCAGCGAGUUGUUCCGUGCGCUGACGGAGAAGAUCUUCCCGCCGGAGAUCAAUGACAAGUUCAAAAUUCCGACCCACCUGCACGUGCCGAAUCUGACAAAACCGUUCAUAUUUCAAAUCCCGAAAGGAGGAACCGUCUUCGACUACCAUUACACCAAGGAAGGCAAAGGAAAGUGGCGUCCAUGGGCUGAAGAGAUCGGUCAGAUCAUCUCCAUUCAGCGGGAUAUGCCCGUAAAUCAGAUUAUCGUGCCUACAGUUGAAACCAUAAGGAUCACGGCACUGCUCGAACUGCUCGUUCAGCAUAGCAAGGGUCUGUUGCUGGUCGGUCCAACGGGAACCGGAAAGAGUGUCUACACGAUCGACUUCUUGCUGAAACGCAACGAUACAAACAUUUUCAAGCCACUGAUGAUGAACUUUUCGGCACAAACAUCAGCCAACCAGGUGCAGGACAUAAUCAUGUCCAAGCUGGACAAACGUCGCAAAGGUGUGUACGGUCCUCCACUCGGGAAGAAAUGCGUCGUGUUCAUCGACGAUGUCUCAAUGCCACUUAAGGAGACUUACGGAGCACAACCACCGAUUGAAAUCGUGCGAAUGUUUUUGGAUCAUGCCAUGUGGUACGAUCGGAAGGAGGUGGUUCCCAUGAAGCUGGUUGAUCUUCAGCUUCUAUGCGCAAUGGGUCCCCCGAGCACCGGUAACACCGUAACUCCGCGAUUUUCAAGACACUUCAACACGAUCGCACUGGACGAGUUUGACGAUUCAACCCUGACUGGAAUCUUCAGCAAGAUUGUCCUCUGGCACUUGGACACGCGAGGAUUCUCCAAGGAGUUCGAUCCGUGCAUCGACGAGAUUGUACUUUCAACGUUGCAGAUUUACAGAGAAGCCAGACGUGUGCUGCUUCCAACUCCCGCCAAGUGUCACUAUCUGUUCAAUUUGCGGGACUUUUCCAGGGUUAUCCAGGGAGUUCUGCUAUCCGUUCCCGAGGGUACCGAAAGUCUGAACUCUAUAAGACGAAUGUGGGCUCACGAGAUCCUGCGGGUGUACGGUGACCGUCUGGUUGAUGACCAGGAUCGCCAGUGGUUGUUCAACGAACUGUGCACAGUUAUCGACAAGUACAUGCACGAAGAUCCGAAAGAUCUGUUUGACAGAUUUGUAGAGAAUGGGCAGCUGAAUGAAACGAAUCUUCGUGGUAUGAUGUUCUGCGACUUUACGAAUCCCAAGGCGGACACCAAGCUGUACCUGGAGGUGAUGGAAAUGGAGGAGUUGGGAUUCGUGGUCGAGUCGUACAUCGUAGAGUACAACAACAUGUCUAAAAAGCCGAUGACGCUCGUGUUGUUCCGCUUUGCGAUCGAACAUUUGUCCAGAAUUUGUCGAAUCAUCAAGCAACCUCGAAGCCACGCCCUGCUGGUGGGCGUUGGAGGUUCUGGACGGCAGUCGUUGGCUCGGAUUGCGUCUCACAUUUGUUCGUACGAGUUGUAUCAGGUUGAGAUCUCAAGACAGUACGGAAUGACCGAAUGGCGCGAAGAUAUGAAAAAUUUGCUGAAAAAGGUAGCCUCGUCGGAUCAGCACAUUUGCUUCUUGUUCACCGAUACCCAGAUCAAGGAGGAGAGCUUCUUGGAAGACAUCAACAAUAUGUUGAACUCCGGCGAAAUACCGAACCUGUUCACAAAUGAAGAAAAAUCCGAGAUCAUCGAGAAGAUGCGUCAGCUUGAUCGACAGAAGGAAAAGUCUCAACAGACGGAUGGGACACCAGUUGCAUUGUUCAACUUAUUCGUAACGAUUGUCCGCGACCAGCUGCACAUUGUGCUGUCGAUGUCCCCGAUCGGAGAUUCGUUCCGAAACCGUGUCAGAAAGUUCCCCUCAAUCGUAAACUGUUGCACCAUUGAUUGGUUCCAACCUUGGCCCAAGGAUGCACUGGUAGCAGUGGCAACGAAGUUUCUCUCCACGGUGGAGAUGCCGGUGAAGGAGCGCAACGUGUGUAUCGACAUGUGUAUGGAGUUCCACACGUCGACGCAGGAAUUGUCCGAGGAGUUUUUGAUCCGUUUGAAUCGGCACAACUACGUGACCCCAACCUCUUACCUAGAGUUGAUCCAUACCUUCAAGACGUUGUUGGACAAAAAGAGAACGGAGGUUCUAACCGGCAAGAAUCGUUACUUGACAGGGCUUAAGCAGCUGGAGAUUGCAGCCCAACAGGUCGGGGUGAUGCAAGAACAGCUGGAAGCUGUACAGCCGCAGCUCAAGAUUGCUGCCGAGACUGUGGCCCAACAGAUGGCCAAGGUUCAGGCAGACAGUGAAGUUGCCGCCGUACAGAAGGAACUGGUCAAGAAGGACGAAGCGGCCGCACAGGAACAGGCAGCUGCUGCCAACGAGAUCAAAGAGGUCUGCGAUGCGAAAUUGGCGGACGCGAUGCCAAUCUUGAACGCAGCCUUAGAGGCGUUGAACACUUUGACUCCUCAGGAUAUAACGAUCGUGAAAACGAUGAAGAGUCCUCCGAUCGGCGUAAAGGUCGUGAUGGAAGCCGUUUGUAUCCUGAAGGACUUGAAGCCGGAUCGUGUUCAGGCCCCGUCGGGUGUAGGUAUGGUGGAGGAUUACUGGGGACCCGCCAAGAAGCUUCUCGGUGACAUGAAGUUCUUGGACGGGCUGUUGAACUUUGAAAAGGACGAUAUCCAGCCUAAGGUGAUACAGAAACUCGAGGAACGGAUCUUGAACAAUGAGAACUUUGACCCGGAUAAGGUCAAAACUGCUUCCACUGCAUGCGAGGGUUUGUGCAAGUGGGUCAUAGCGAUCGCCAAGUACGAUAAGGUUGCCAAGGAGAUAGCUCCGAAGAAGAUUGCACUGAAAGAGGCACAAGACAAGUACAACGGAGCGAUGGCCAUUCUGAACUCAAAAUUGGAGCAAUUGGCGAUUGUUGAGGAAAACCUGGCGGAACUUCAGAAAAAGCUCGACGAGCAAAUCCAGCAGCACGCGAAGCUGCAAGCCAACGUAGAGCUGUGCAUGAAGAAGCUGGAACGCGCAACGGAGAUCAUCACUGGGCUGGGUGGCGAAAAGGAUCGCUGGGAGCAAGCGGCCGAGAAUCUGGGCAAGGUGUACGACAACCUGACCGGCGACGUGCUGAUUGCGUCCGGAGUGGUCGCCUAUUUGGGACCGUUUACGAUCUUGUUCCGAGCGCAGCAGAUUAAACGCUGGAUCGACAGCUGCAACAAGAAGGGUAUUGUAUGUUCUCAAGAUUUUCAGCUAUCGACGGUUCUUGGUAAUCCGGUGGACAUUCGUGCGUGGAACAUAUUCGGACUGCCAAGCGAUGCGUUCUCGGUGGAGAGUGCCAUCAUUAUACAUAAUGCACGACGAUGGCCGCUGAUGAUUGAUCCCCAGGGCCAAGCGAACAAGUGGAUCCGCAACAUGGAGAAAGUGAAUCGCAUCUGUAUCAUUCGUUUUAGUCAACCGGACUACACGAGGGUGCUGGAGAAUGCAAUACAAUUUGGGUUGCCAGUGCUGUUGGAGAAUAUUGGCGAAGAGAUAGAACCUCUGCUAGAACCGAUACUGCUUAAGCAGAUUUUCCGGCAGGGUGGAACGAUGUGUAUCAAGCUAGGCGAUUCCGUAAUUGAGUACAAUGAUUCUUUCAAGUUUUACAUAACCACAAAGCUCAGAAACCCCCACUACCUGCCGGAGAUUGCCGUCAAAGUCACUCUGCUCAACUUUAUGAUCACCAAAACUGGUCUCCAGGAUCAGCUGCUGUCGAUUACGGUGGCCCGCGAACGCCCGGACUUGGAAACCGAGAAGAACGCACUGAUUGUGCAGGGUGCGGAAAACAAGCGCCAACUGCAGGAAAUUGAAGAUAAAAUCCUGCAAGUCCUAAGCUCCGAAGGAAACAUUCUCGAAGACGAAACUGCCGUGUCGGUCCUAAGUUCUUCGAAGACGCUAGCCAACGAGAUUAACGAAAAGCAGAUCAUUGCCGAGACAACUGAGCGUCAGAUCGAUAUCGCCCGGUUGCAGUACACCUCGAUUGCGGCCCACUCGACGGUUCUGUUUUUCACUAUUGCAGACCUGGCGAACAUCGAUCCGAUGUAUCAGUAUAGCUUGAGUUGGUUUGUGAACCUCUUUACGGCGGCGAUCGACAACACCGAAAAGGUUGACGAAGUCCCGGCCCGGUUGGAGGAUCUUAGGACUUACUUCACGUACAGUCUGUAUGAGAAUAUCUGCAGGAGUCUGUUUGAGAAGGACAAGAUACUGUUUUCGCUUUUGUUGACCACCAAUUUGCAAGAUGCAGAGGCCAAGUUCGAUCGGGCGGAGUUUAUGUUCCUGCUGACGGGUGGCGUUGGGCUGGACAAUCCCGACGCCAAUCCGGCAGAGUGGCUACCGGCGCGAAGCUGGGACGAGAUUUGCCGACUGACGGCGUACGAGGCAUUCGGGGGGUUCAAAGAGCACGUGGUUGGCAAUUUGAGACGUUGGAAGGCAUACUUUGACGACGAUACACCGCAUAGCGCCGAGAUUCCUGAUCCGUGGAAGACGAGCCUGUCUUCGUUCCAGAAGCUGCUGGUUCUGAGAUGCUUCCGCUCGGACAAGCUGGUGCCGGGAAUCGAGAUCUAUGUUGAAGGUCUCAUGACAAGGAAAUACGUGGAACCUCCGCCGUUUAACUUGGCAGCGUCGUACGAUGAGUCCAACUGUUGCGUCCCGUUGAUUUUCGUACUAACGCCGGGAGCUGACCCAACGGCGACCUUGCUCCGCUUCGCCGACACUCAGGGGUUGGGCUCGAAUCGGUUGUACUCGCUUUCGUUGGGUCAGGGACAGGGUCCUAUCGCUACCAAGAUGAUCGACGAGGGAACCAAGUUUGGCAACUGGGUUCUGCUGCAGAACUGUCACUUGGCGCAGAGCUGGAUGCCCACGUUGGAGCGAAUAUGCGAAAGCUUCCAGCCGGACACGACUCAUCCAGAUUUUCGCCUAUGGUUGACCUCGUAUCCGACGGAGCAUUUUCCGGUUGUCGUUCUUCAGAACGGUAUCAAGAUCACCAACGAGCCGCCGAAGGGUCUCCGCAUGAACAUUGUGCGGUCGUUCAUGAGCGAUCCGAUCUCGAACGUGGAGUGGUUUGAAGCGUGCAAACAGUCGGGUAACUUUAAGAAGCUGCUGUUUAGCUUGUGCUUCUUCCAUGGAAUUGUGCAGGAGAGACGUCAGUUCGGACCGAUCGGUUGGAAUAUCCCGUACGAAUUUAAUGAAACCGAUCUUAGUAUUAGCUUGACUCAGCUGCGCAUGUUCUUGGACGAGUACGAGGAGGUGCCGUAUGUGGCGCUGCGCUACUUGACUGGAGAGUGUAAUUACGGAGGUCGGGUUACGGACGAUUGGGAUCGUCGAACGUUGAUCACGAUCCUGGGACGAUUCUAUUGCGACAACGUGCUCGAGGACGAUGAGUACAUUCUGGACGAGCAAGGUUUGUACAAGAUACCGGAGCUGAAGGAACACGAGGAGUUCAUGGCGUACAUCAAGGAUCUGCCGACUAUCGCCAAGCCUGGGGUGUUUGGGCUGCACGAGAAUGCGGAUAUCAUGAAGGACCAGAAGGAGACGGAUCUGCUGCUGACCAGCACACUGAAAACACAGGAUCGAACGGAUUUGUUCGAGAUGAAGACUACUUCAACCGGAGUUUUCCGCGAAACUCCCGCUGAAAUAGUGAUCCGCGUGUCGAACGACAUUCUCAAGCGUCUGCCGAAGGAGUUUGAUCGCGAUGCCGCGCUGGAGAAGUACCCAACCAGCUAUCAUCAGAGCAUGAACACCGUCCUCGUGCAGGAAAUGGUCCGAUUCAACACGCUGCUAAGUUGUAUCCGCAACAGCUUGGUCACCGCUAGCAAGGCGAUGCAGGGCUUGGUGGCCAUGUCGCCGAGCAUCGAGGAAGUGGUCGCAUCGCUGCUGGUUGGUCGUAUCCCAGGACUGUGGGCCAAGCGGUCGUACCCGAGCUUGAAGCCGCUGGGCAGCUACAUCAUCGACUUCCUGGCGCGGUUGGACUUUCUGCGCAAGUGGUACGACGACGGACCGCCGACGGACUUUUGGCUGUCGGGUUUCUUCUUUACGCAGGCCUUCCUGACGGGAGCUCAGCAGAACUUUGCCCGGAAGUACGUGAUCCCGAUCGAUUUGCUGGUGUUUGACAACACGACCCUGACGGAGUCGAGCUUCGAGCAGCCUCCCGAGGAUGGCGUUUACGUGUAUGGGUUGUUUGUGGAAGGAGCCAGAUGGGAUCGCAAGAAGGGAUACCUGCAGGAGUCGUUCCCGAGGGUGCUGUUUGACACGAUGCCACACAUUUGGAUGCAACCGAUCAAGAAGGACGAUUUGGUGCUGCGUCAUACGUAUACUUGUCCGGUGUACAAAACGGCUGAACGUCGAGGAAUUCUGUCGACCACUGGGCACAGUACCAACUUUGUUAUUGGCCUAUCACUGGACUGUGAACCCGGUGCAAACCCGGAACACUGGAUUCGACGUGGAACUGCUCUUUUGUGCCAGUUGAGCCACUAGUUUUGAUUGUAAUUGUAAUACAUAAAUAU